AGUAUCUUCCCGAACGUGAUGAGGAUGGUCGAAGGCGACAUCGAAAAGAAUCUCGAGGAACUAUUGGGAGGCGUCGAAGGAGGAUCAAACGACGAUGCAAAAGGCGCUGUCAAAGUUGGUGUGGUCAAACGCUUAUAACCCAGAGUGCUCCUACUUCCCCCCAUAUCCUCACUACCAUAUCAGCUGAAGCUGCAUUGAAACGACUUCAAGAAGGUGGUCGACCAGGAACACCAGCAGUAACAAAUCUGUCGCGGGGGAUCUCCCUGAACCUUUCUAAGGAUUCUAAUAUGCUUGAGCCACUUGUGGAGCAUGUCGAGAGGCAGCACCUAUCGCAACCGUCCAUGACUCGAUGGUCGUCUGAUGAUACUUUCUCGGUCACCGAAUCUGAGGGUAGUUUGUCUCCUACCUCUCCUAGGUUGAGAUUGAAGGAUUUCAAAUCUGCGAAAAAGCCAGCGUUUUUGCAGAGUCCUUCAAGAGAAGGACCUGGGAAAAGCUUGGAGGCUACAACCCAACAACAACAAGAAGAAGAAGAAGGAAUGUCCCCUAGGAGGUCGAGUCAGUAUCUAAUACCGCCUCACCAUAAGGUUGAGCGGCAACAUACGAACUCUUCAUGUUCCGAGCAAUCCUCAAAUUCAGAGUUAUGGGAGAGUCUCGAGUCCCUUCCUAAGUUGCAGAUCCCCUCAGCGUUACCUUCGUUACCAACCAGGCGACGACAGCACUAAAUCGGGACCAAGUCUCGUUAUGUUUUUUAAUUGUCUUCUUGCAGUACCAUUAUUCACACUUGCAGUAGUAGAUUAUUAUUACCAUUACCUUUAUGCCAUAUCGCUUAGUAGUAGUAGUAGGAGGACCGGGCAAUGAGCCAUUUUGUAUAGUCCAUGUUAGGCGAUGUUGGCGCUAUUACUUAUUGCACCGCGUGAUGACGAUAGAUGAUCUUUUCUCGAGAUGCUACUACUACUACCUAGGCCAGUACCCUAAUUAUCUCACGUUCUAUUCAUCAGCGCCGUUUAUCUACUGU